AUGCCCAAACUACCUGAUGACCUAGAAGACUUUGUAAGCAAGGAGGUUGCUUCUUUGUGCGAUGCUGAUCCUUCAGUUUUGGCUCAAUAUAUAGUUGCUCUAAUUGGCCCAGGGGAUAUGAAUGAUGAUCUGAGAAAUAGCCUUAAUGAUAAACUAAACGAAUUUUUUGAUGACCAAACUCUCCCUUUUAUUGACCGUUUAUUCACAAAGAUCAAGGGAUCUACUUCUGAAUCAACUACCACAGCAUCAGUUACAGAAGCAACUCCAUCUUCUUCUAUGCACAGCGUUGAGAACGAAAACAAAGAACGUAACCGUUAUGACUUGUCAGACGAUGAGGACGAUGAUCGUAACUUCAAACAUAGACGUCAGAGAGCUGAAACUGCAUCUACCACGCCUCCCAGAGACAACCGCAGCUCAUAUAAACGCCGUUUAGACGAUGAUAAUCGUAAUGCUUAUUCGAAAUAUCAUCGAACAGACGAUAGAAAUGAUAAUCAAUUUCACGACAAUAGAUAUAACAGAGGAGGCAAUAGAGGUAUGAGAGGACGUGGUGGUAUGGAUCGACGUGGGCAAAACAGGCCUCAAUGUAGAGAUUACAAUGAGAAAGGAUUUUGUAUGAGAGGAGAUAUGUGUCCUUAUGAUCACGGUUCAGAUAGAAUAAUUGUCAAUGACGGUACUAGAGGUUUCUCCUCCCCUAGCGGGCCCACUCCAGCUAUGGGUCGUCCACCUCAGCCUCCCCCUUUCUUCGGUAUGCCUGGUUUGGCAACAGAUGCUUAUGAUCCCGAACGGUCUGGCAUCUUACCUCCAGCAGCAAACAAUAUCGGAGGAUUUAUACCUCCUGCUGGUUUGAUACCCACACAGGAAAUGUUUAAGAAUAUGAUGAUGAUGAACAAUAUGCGCGGCGGUGGCGCUGGCGGCAGAGGCAGUGGACGUGGAGGAGGGCCAAAUCGCGGUAACCGCGGCGGAUAUUCAUCUCGACAUCAUCCAUAUCAACACAAUGCGUCAAACUCUAACAACAAUACGCUGACGGUUGAAAAGAUUCCUGUCGAAAAUUGUCAAAUUUCCACCGUCAACGACUUUUUCGCUAAAUUCGGUACAAUUACAAACAUCAGUGUUCAACCAAAUCUUCAAAAAGCUACUAUUCAAUUCAGUACACAUGCUGAAGCACAGAGAGCUUAUAGUUCACCAGAUCCUAUUUUUGAUAAUCGUUUUGUAAAAGUGUAUUGGGCUAAAGAGGAUCCAGCUGCAGCACCUGCCUCGCCUGCUAAUGCUACUUCUGCUGUACAACAGCAACAAUCGACAAUAACACAGUCUAAAGCAGUAAAUGAACCUGAUCCUGAACUAGUAGCUGCUCGUGCCGCUGAAUUGGCCAAAGCGAGAGAAGAACAACAAAAGAGUAAACAAGAACAUAUUAAACAGAUUUUAGAAGUUCAAAAAAAACGGGAAGCUCAAUUACAGCAACAAAUUGACGAGCAAAAAAAAUUGUUAGAGAAACUCUCAAACAAUAGCAGCAACAUGACACAGGCUGAAAAAGCAGAUUUGCUGGGUCAAUUGAAAAAAAUUCAGGGAGAUAUUGAUCUUUCCAGAACAGCAGUUGCAAAAGGCAAUACUGUACAACAGAAUGCUGUUGCUACUGACACCACAGCUGAUGUUGCGACAGAAGAAGGAGCAGCUGGCAAAGUAUUAACUGAAGAUUUAAAAAAGGAACUUGCUCGUCUGGAGGCAGAGGCUAUUGGAUCCAAUGUUUGUCAGGCUGCACAACUUGGCAUUCAGACGCCAGGCUUCCGAGGUGGUCGUGGAGGUUAUUAUGGUAGAGGGGGACGAGGUGGUGGCUGGCCACGUAUGAGAGGCGGUUUUACAAGAAUGACAUUAGAUAACCGGCCUAAAAAGUUUGUUGUAAAGGCUAUACCAGCAGAGGCUACUGAAACUGAUCUACGUCAACACUUCGAGCAAUUCGGCAACGUUACAGCGUUUGAUAAGAAGGACUCAGAAUUGUAUGUUCAAUACAGUCAACGAUUUGAGGCUGAAAAAGCUAUGGCAAUGGGUCAAAAUUUUCCAAAGGGUGCAUUGCAAUUCGAAUGGGUUACAAACGAGGCAGAUCCCAGCACUAAUCAUGCUUCAGUAUCCAUUGACAGCAGCCCUGCUACUAGCAACAGUACAACUGAACCCCCGUCUUCCAAAUAAAUUUCCUUCUUCUCAUAGAAGAAUUUAAUGUACUGUACAUAAUAUUGAAGGAAGAGAAAAGAAAAGGAUGUCAUUGUUUUAUUUUUUAUAUUAUCCCCAUUUGUAUUUCCUUGGUAUUAUCAUUUACAUUUUAUGUUGCAUAUAAAUUAUAAAGACGAUGGUUUUCCGUUUGUUCUCGUAUAUAAUAAAUGAUCGUAUUAUUGUUUGCCUAAAUUUCAUGGAUUUUAGGCUGCAAACUCAAGUACUUC